AUGUUCACCGCCCAGCUCACCGCCCAGUUCACCGCCCAGUUCACCGCCCAGUUCAACAACCAGUUCACCGCCCAGUUCACCGCCCAGUUCACCGCCCAGUUCACCGCCCAUUGCACCGCCCAUUGCACCGCCCAGCUCACCUGGAGUGUGUGAAUACACUUGAACCUCACCUCACCCCCAAACACACACACACUGUCGCACAGACAGAAAACUGUAAUCUUCUGGGUAAUACGCUUUCCACUCUAAAUCCUGCUUAGUGCCAUUGUGGCACUGUAACAAGACUCCUGUACUCUGGAGGGGUGUGGAAAGAGGGAACAGGAGAGGAGGGAUGAGAGGAGGAGGAGGAGGAGGAGGAGAGGAGGGAAAGGAGAGGAGGAAAGGAGAGGAGGAAAGGAGAGGAGGAAAGGAGAGGAGGAGGAGGAGGAGGAGGAGAGGAGGAAAGGAGAGGAGGAAAGGAGGAGGAGGAGAGGAGGAAAGGAGGGGGAGAGGAGGAAAGGAGGGGGAGAGGAGGAGAGGAGGGAAGGAGGGGGAGAGGGAAGAAGGGGAUUUGAGAGGCUAAUAUGGAAGGGUAGCAGAGGAUGGGGGGGGGGGGAUUCCUCAGGGAGUGGGGUGAUGGGGGUUGGGGAUGGGUAGUGAGAGGGGGGUGAUGGAGGUCGGGAUGGGGUGUGGGAGGGGGGUGAUGGGGGUCGGGAUGGAGAGUGGGAGGGGGGUGAUGGGGUCGGGGAUGUAGAGUGUGAGGGUGGUGAUGGGGUCGGGGAUAUGGAGUGGGAAGGGGGGGGGUGAUGGGGUCGGGGAUGUGGAGUGGGAAGGGGGUGAUGGGGUCGGGGAUGUGGAGUCUGCCUGGUGAGGGGAGACAGACAGACGGUUAAUACAGGAUGUAGAAUUUACUGCCUUAGUGCUGGUCCUUUCCUGCACCGGGGGAAUUUUCAGAUACAUUUGUCAAAUUAGCCAGGACACCAUGAAUGAUUAAUGAUCUGCCUUGAUUGAUUAGUCUUUUAGGAGUCUAUAAAUGAUUGCCAAAUGGUUGCCAUACGAAGUACGAUUUUUAUAUUCUGUUUUUGUUGUAAUUGUCUUUCUUUCAUGCGUGGCUUAUACUGAAACUCUAUCGAUAAUUUAAAAGAAGAUGGAUACUAUCUGGAAUGGUGUCUAUCCUAGAUGUAGCAAUAUUAUAAAUAUUUUAUACUGAACAAAAAUAUAAACGCAACAUGCAACAAUUUCAACGAUUUUACUGAGUUACACUUCAUAUAAGGAAAUCAGUCAAUUAAAAUAAAUUCAUUAGGCCCUAAUCUAUGGCUUUCACAUGACUGGGCAUGGGCACCGCCAUGGGUGGGCCUGGGAGGGCAUAUGGGUGGGCAGAAAUACUCCUUAGCACACCUCCUCCCCCUCCUCAGACGAUCCCGCAGGUGAAGAAGCCAGAUGUGGAGGUCCUAGGCUGGCGUGGUUACACGUGGUCUACGGUUGUGAGGCCGGUUGGAUGUACUGCCAUAUUCUCUAAAACAACGUUGGAGGCAGCUUAUGGUAGAGAAAUGAACAUUAAAUUCCCUGGCAACAGCUCUGUUGGACAUUCCUGCAGUCAGCAUGCCAAUUGCGCGCUCCCUCAAAACUUGAGACAUCUGUGGCCUUUUAUUGUCGACAGCACAAGGUGCACCUGUGUAAUGAUCAUGCUGUUUAAUCAGCUUCUUGAUAAGCCACACCUGUCAGGUGGAUGCAUUAUCUUGGCAAAGCAGAAAUGCUCACUAACAGGGAUUUAAACAAAUGUGUGCACCAAAUUUUAGAGAAAUAAGCUUUUUGUGGGUAUGGAAAAUUUCAGAUCUUUUAUUUCAUCUCAUGAAACAUGGGACCAACACUUUGCAUGUUGCGUUUGUAUUUUGGUUCAGUAUAUAACUGUCAUUCUCAAAGCAUUGACUCUCUCACUCACUCACUCACUCUUGAACAGGAUGUACCGACCCCUUUUGUCUGGCGAUUCUGUAUGUCACUGAUCUCUCUCUUUUUGCCCUCUCUCUCCCUCCUCUCCAGAGCUCUGGGAGGUGCCGUUUGAAGACAUCUCUGAGCUGCAGUGGGUAGGGAGCGGGGCCCAGGGGGCAGUCUUCCUGGGGAAACUCCACGGACAGGAAGUAGCUGUGAAGAAGGUCCGAGACAUUAAGGAGACAGACAUCAGACAUCUGAGAAAACUCAAACACCCCAACAUCAUCACCUUCAAGUAAGUAUACAGUACAGUAGAAUACAGUAUUUGUAUAAUACAGUACAGUAUAAUACAGUACAGUAAAAUACAGUACAGUAUAAUACAGUACAGAGAGAGACAAUACAGUAGAAUACUGUACAGUAGAAUACAGUACAGUAGAGUAUAAUACAGUAGAAUACAGUACAGUAGAGUACUAACUGUAAGUCAUUGUGGAUAAGAGCAUCUGCUAAAUGACUAAAAUGUAAUGUAAAAUGUAUAAUACAGUAGAAUACAGUACAGUAUAAUUCAAAAGAAUGCAGUAGACUGCAGUACAGUAGAAUACAGUCGAACACAGUACAGUAGAGUAUAAUACAGUAUAAUACAGUACAUUAGAAUACAGUACAGUAGAAUACCGUACAGUAAAGUAUAAUACAUUAGAAGACAGUACAGUAGAAUAUAUACCCAGGCCCAUGCUAUUGUACCUUAAUGGAGUACUAUGUUACUAAUCCUCUCUCCUCUCCUCUCUUCUUCCCUCUCUCCUCCCCUCUCUCCUCUCCUCCCUCUCUCUCCUCUCCUCCCUCUCUCCUCUCCUCCCUCUCUCCUCUCCUCCAUCCAGGGGUAUCUGCACCCAGGCUCCCUGCUACUGUAUCCUAAUGGAGUACUGUGCCCAGGGCCAGCUGUACGAGGUGCUGAGGACAGGUAGGAAGAUCACCCCCUCCCUGCUCAUCGACUGGGCCAUGGGCAUGGCUGGGGGCAUGAACUACCUCCACCUCCACAAGAUCAUCCACAGAGACCUCAAGUCGCCCAAGUAAGUAGUCCUACCUACAUGAUAGCUAUGCUUUAGCUUGGUAGCAGAUCCGUAUGUGCUUGAGCCAACACCUCUGUUGUGUUCAUUGUCAUGCCAAACAUAUUGUUGUACACUAAGUAGAUAUCAUUGAAGAUGAUAUGUUUUAGGGGUGUUAGCGACUUAGCGUACAUUUAGUUUCUCAAGUUACCAUACCUCAAUAUCAUAUUCUUGUUUGAGUCGUUUGAAUAGUUCUAGGGAAACCUAGAACAGCUGAAAUUGUGGCUACCGUACCUUCCCCUGACUGUCUCUCUGUGUGGCUACCGUACCUUCCCCUGACUGUCUCUCUGUGUGGCUACCGUACCUUCCCCUGACUGUGUCUCUCUGUUGUGGCUACCGUACCUUCCCCUGACUGUGUCUCUGUGUGGCUACUGUACCUUACCCCUAUGUGUCUCUCUGUGUGGCUACCGUACCUUCCCCUGACUGUCUCUCUGUGUGGCUACUGUACCUUCCCCUGACUGUGUCUCUCUGUGUGGCUACUGUACCUUCCCCUGACUGUGUCUCUCUGUGUGGCUACUGUACCUUCCCCUGACUGUCUCUCUGUGUGGCUACUGUACCUUCCCCUGACUGUCUCUCUGUGUGGCUACUGUACCUUCCCCUGACUGUGUCUCUCUGUGUGGCUACUGUACCUUCCCCUGACUGUGUCUCUGUGUGGCUACUGUACCUUCUCUUCCCCUGACUGUCUCUCUGUGUGGCUACCGUACCUUCCCCUGACUGUGUCUCUGUGUGGCUACGGUACCUUCCCCUGACUGUGUCUCUCUGUGUGGCUACUGUACCUCCCCUGACUGUGUCUCUGUGUGGCUACUGUACAUUCCCCUGACUGUCUCUCUGUGUGGCUACUGUACCUUCCCCUGACUGUCUCUCUGUGUGGCUACUGUACCUUCCCCUGACUGUGUCUCUCUGUGUGGCUACUGUACCUUCCCCUGACUGUGUCUCUCUGUGUGGCUACUGUACCUUCCCCUGACUGUCUCUCUGUGUGGCUACUGUACCUUCUCUUCUCCUGACUGUCUCUCUGUGUGGCUACUGUACCUUCCCCUGACUGUCUCUCUGUGGCUACUGUACCUUCCCCUGACUGUGUCUCUCUGUGUGGCUACUGUACCUUCCCCUGACUGUGUCUCUGUGUGGCUACUGUACCUUCCCCUGACUGUGUCUCUGUGUGGCUACUGUACCUUCCCCUGACUGUGUCUCUGUGUGGCUUACUGUAACCUUCCCCUGACUGUGUCUCUCUGUGUGGCUACUGUACCUUCCCCUGACUGUCUCUCUGUGUGGCUACGUACCUUCCCCUGACUGUGUCUCUCUGUGUGGCUACUGUACUCCCGACUGUGUCUCUGUGUGGCUACUUACCUUCUCUUCCCCGACUGUCUCUCUGUGGCUACUGUACCUUCCCCCUGAAUGUCUCUCUGUGGCUACUGUACCUUCCCCUGACUGUGUCUCUGUGUGGCUACUGUACCUUCCCCUGACUGUCUCUCUGUGGCUACUGUACCUUCCCCUGAAUGUCUCUCUGUGUGGCUACUGUACCUUCCCCUGACUGUCUCUCUGUGUGGCUACUGUACCUUCCCCUGACUGUGUCUCUCUGUGUGGCUACUGUACCUUCCCCUGACUGUGUCUCUGUGUGGCUACUGUACCUUCCCCUGACUGUGUCUCUCUGUGUGGGCUACUGUACCUUCCCCUGACUGUGUCUCUCUGUGUGGCUACUGUACCUUCCCCUGACUGUGUCUCUGUGUGGCUACUGUACCUUCCCCUGACUGUGUCUCUCUGUGUGGCUACUGUACCUUCCCCUGACUGUGUCUCUCUGUGUGGCUACUGUACCUUCCCCUGACUGUGUCUCUGUGUGGCUACUGUACCUUCCCCUGACUGUGUCUCUCUGUGGCUACUGUACCUUCCCCUGACUGUGUCUCUCUGUGUGGCUACUGUACCUUCCCCUGACUGUCUCUCUGUGUGGCUACUGUACCUUCCCCUGACUGUGUCUCUCUGUGUGGCUACUGUACCUUCCCCUGACUGUGUCUCUGUGUGGCUACUGUACCUUCCCCUGACUGUGUCUCUCUGUGUGGCUACUGUACCUUCCCCUGACUAUGUCUCUCUGUGGCUACUGUACCUUCCCCUGACUGUGUCUCUCUGUGUGGCUACUGUACCUUCCCCUGACUGUGUCUCUGUGUGGCUACUGUACCUUCCCCUGACUGUGUCUCUCUGUGUGGCUACUGUACCUUCCCCUGACUGUGUCUCUCUGUGGCUACCGUACCUUCCCCUGACUGUGUCUCUCUGUGGCUACCGUACCUUCCCCUGACUGUGUCUCUCUGUGGCUACUGUACCUUCCCCUGACUGUGCCUGUAUAUUCUACUCCAGUAUGUUGAUCACCUACGAUGACGCGGUGAAGAUCUCUGACUUCGGGACGUCUAAGGAGAUGAGUGAUAAGAGCACCAAGAUGUCCUUCGCCGGUACGGUGGCCUGGAUGGCCCCAGAGGUCAUCAGGAACGAACCUGUCUCAGAGAAGGUCGACAUCUGGUAAGAGAAAACACCUUCUUACAUUUUCCUUCAUGCUUUAUAGCAUAAUUUAUUUUGAUAUCAACCCAUCUGAAAAAGAGACCAGUUAAAAAAAAAUGUUAAAUAAUAUCAAAUCUUUCCAAAUCAUUUAAGUAUAAUUUUGGUAAUUUUAGCAGACGCUCUUAUCCAGAGUGCCUUGAGACCACCCUCCCUUUCUGUUUCCAUUUCCGUCUCUCUCUCUCUCUCUCUCUCUCUCUCUCUCUCUCUCUCUCUCUCUCUCUCCCUCUCCCCCUCCUUCCCUCCCUCCCUCCCUCUCCUAAGAGAGGAAUGCUGGCUAAUUCAAUUAUUGAUUUGCCAGAUGCUCUUGUGCUCUGGAGAGGCUGAAAUAUCCUUUCUAAAGCCUGUGGCCUGGCCUUGGGCCUAAAGCCCACUAGACUGGAUAUGGAGAGGGGAGUCUGAUUUCACUGAUCCUACGCUACUGAAAGAUGAGAGUGUGAUUUCUCAGAGAGUCGAAUGGUAGAGUCUGAUUUCCACGCAUUUUAACUGUUUUUUAAAAAACAUUUUAGUCAUUUGGCAGACACUCUAAUUUAGGAGGACUUACAAUCAGUGCAUUCAACAAUAUAAAUGUAGGUCCAUGAUCAUUUCUACAGUUUCGAUUAGGUUUUUCUAAUUUCUCUGAAAAGCACCCGCGGGCCGGAUCAAAUAUAUAUAUAUAUAUUUUUUUUUCUCUAUUUUUUAUUUUUUUUUUACCUUUAUUUAAGCAGGUAAACCAGUUGAGAACAAGUUCUCAUUUACAACUGCGACCUGGCCAAGAUAAAGCAAAGCAGUGCGAUAAAAACAACAACACAGAGUUACAUAUGGGGUAAAACAAAACAAAGUCAAAAAAAUACAACAGAAAUACAUAUAUAUACAGUGUGUGCAAAUUUAGCAAGUUAUGGAGGUAAGGCAAUAAAAUAGGCUAUAGUGCAAAAUAAUUACAAUUAGUAUUAACACUGGAAUGAUAGAUGUGCAAGAGAUGAUGUGCAAAUAGAGAUACUGGGGUACAGAUGAGCAAAAUAAAUAACAAUAUAGGGAUGAGGUAGUUGGGCGGGCUAAUUUCAGAUGGGCUGUGUACAGGUGCAGUGAUCGGUAAGGUGCUCUGACAAAUAGGCUCAAGUCUGACACAUGAACUAAAAGGUACACCUGUUGAUGUGUGAAAAAUGACAAGAAUGUAGACCCUAUGUAUCUGUAUCUAUCUCUGAAACGGGUCAACAUUAUCUCCUGCCCUUAUCGCUGUCUAUUCUGAGAGAAAGGAUGAUUUGAGGUGUGUUGUUCGCUCAGUUUGGUCUGCCUUAACAUGCUCUGACAGUUGGGCCAGACUAAAUCUAAAAGAACAUUGGGUCUAGACAGUAAAAUGUUCAGAGAAUGAGGAGUUAUUUUUACUAAAUCCAUUUAAAGAGAGUGUUCGUUGGAACCAUUGCAUAGAGGCAUUGUGACAAAGACUGUGGCAGUGAGACAGCAAGGUUAGACUCUCUCCCUUUACCUUACUACUCUGGAGAAAUCUAAAAUAAGAUUGGGUGUAGAGAAAAUAAAAUGGUUUCUUCAAGAAUAACAUAACAAGACAGAGAAUGCUCCUUGUCUUUAAUAACAUAACAAGACAGAGAAUGCUCCUUGUCUUUAAUAACAUAACAAGACAGAGAAUGCUCCUUGUCUUUAAUAACAUAACAAGACAGAGAAUGCUCCUUGUCUUUAAUAACAUAACAAGACAGAGAAUGCUCAUUGUCUUUAAUAACAUAAGAGGACAGAGUGCUCCUUGUCUUUAAUAACAUAAGAGAACAGAGUUCUCCUUGUCUUUAAUAACAUAAGAGGACAGAGUUCUCCUUGUCUUUAAUAACAUAAGAGGACAGAGAAUGAUCCUUGUCUUUAAUAACAUCAGAGAAUGAUCCUUGUCUUUAAUAACAUAAGAGGACAGAGUUCUCCUUGUCUUUAAUAACAUAAAAGGACAGAGUUCUCCUUGUCUUUAAUAACAUAAGAGGACAGAGAAUGAUCCUGUCCUAGUAUUACUCAUCGUAUAAAAAGGCAAUAAAUAGCUAUUUAUUAAGGGUACUAUUCUAACCACAGGAGGUUGAUGACACCUUAAUUGGGGAGGAAGGGCUCGUGGUAAUGGCUGGAGCGGAAUUGGUGGAAUGGUAUCAAAUAGAUCAAACACAUGGUUUGAUGCCAUUCCAUUCGCUCUGUUCCAGCCACUAUUAGGAGCCGUCCUCCCCUCAGCAGCCUCCACUGACGCUAACACACAAUACAUUAUAUUUCUGUGCCUGUUCUAUAGAACUAGAGAUAAACUACCCAUUCUGUAGAUUUUCAGAUAUAAUAAACAAGGGGCCAGAGACAGAAGCUAAAAAUAAUCACAUAAACACAACAUUACUCUCGCCCUCCCACACAAUGCUAUUGGUGCUUUCUCCCUCCCACACGAUGCUAUUGGUGCUUUCUCCCUCCCACACGAUGCUAUUGGUGCUUUCUCCCUCCCACACGAUGCUAUUGGUGCUUUCUCCCUCCCACACGAUGCUAUUGGUGCACACCAGAGUCGCCAUGGUGAUCCAGAUCCAAGGUGCCAUCAACAACAACCUUUCCAUAGUUACUCCCCUGGGAUGAGACCUUCCUUAUCCCCCAGCCUGUGUGUGUGUGUGUGUGUGUGUGUGUGUGUGUGUGUGUGUGUGUGUGUGUGUGUGUGUGUGUGUGUGUGUGUGUGUGUGUGUGUGUGUGUGUGUGUGUGUGUGUGUGUGAUCCCUCAGCCUCUACCCGACGGCAGGGGCAGAGCCACACACUGGCCUUGUGCCACCCUGGCACAUGGGAGCCCAGUACACACAUAAAACACACACUGACUGACUGGCCCCUUUUGCAGCGCACAAACAUGUAGCCUACACAGCCUUGUUUUUGUAUUAUCAGGAAAACAACUGUCGUAUCGCGUAAGUGCUGGCAAUUAUUGCUGAUAAACAAAGGAGUCCGCUCAUACUGAACUUUGAUCAUAAGGUUUAUUCAGAUCACAAGCUUUCAGCAUAAGUGACAGGUGACAUGCCCACCCGGAGAGCGACGCCUCAGAUUGCAAUGGCCGCUCUGCCUUCUUCUUCGUUUAGCCCCUACUUAUAAACAAUGCAAAAAGAUGGGUGCUCCCUCUUCUGGCCAAUCACCAGUCUCCCCUGUCUACAACACACUUCCUGUCUGUUGUAUGUGGCGUUACACUAAAACAUUCCCUCUUGAUACUAAAAUUAACGUCCUCUCCGGUUCCACUUAAAACAUUUAACAAAGGCAUAAUCCUAAUACACGACACAACGUUGUAAGCAACAGGGGUAGUAGGGUACACAGAAGAGGCUAUAACACAGAAGAUGCUGAUGUGUUGAUGUUGUUUUUCAGAGUGGCUCCUGAACACCCAUCGUUAUUGUACAGAAGUGUUCAUUUUAAAGAGUAGUAUGGACUCAUGGGAUCUCCCCCCUCUCUCUCUCUCUCUGCAGGUCGUUUGGUGUGGUGCUGUGGGAGAUGUUGACCGGAGAGGUGCCAUAUAAAGACGUGGACUCUUCGGCCAUCAUCUGGGGGGUGGGAAACAACAGCCUGAACCUACCUGUCCCAGAGAGCUGCCCAGACGGCUUCAAAAUACUGCUGAGACAGUGCUGGUGAGACGGAGGGAAUGGGAGAGAGAGGGAGGGAGGGGAAUGGGGAGAGAGAGGGAGGAAGGGGAAUGGGAGAGAGAGGGAGGGAGGGGAAUGGGAGAGAGAGGGAGGGGAAUGGGAGAGAGAGGGAGGGAGGGGAAUGGGAGGAGAGGAGGGAGGUAGGGGAAUGGGAGAGAGAGGGAUGGAGGGGAAUGGAAGAGGGAGGGAGGGAGGGGAAUGGGAGAGAGGAAGGGAGGGAAAUGGGAGAGAGAGGGAGGGAGGGGAAUGGGAGAGAGAGGGAGGGAGGGAGGGGAGGUGAAUGGCGAGAGAGAGGUGGAGGGGAAUGCAGAGAGGGGAGGGAGGGGAGGGAGAUGAGGAGGAGAGGGGGGAGGGGAAGAGAUUGAAAGAAUGACGGAUAGGGCAUAAAAAGGGUGGGGACAGGGCAUGAACAUGGGGGUGGAGGACAGGGCAUGAACAUGGGGGUGGCGGACAGGGCAUGAACAUGGGGGUGGAGGACAGGGCAUGAACAUGGGGGUGGAGGACAGGGCAUGAACAUGGGGGUGGAGGACAGGGCAUGAACAUGGGGGUGGAGGACGGGUCAUGAACAUGUCCACCGAAUAGAGGAGGAGUUAAGAAAUCAGGAGAUGUAGAUGUUGUACAUGUACAUUGUAGUUGUAUUUAAAGAUAUGUGUGUCUCUGCCUCCAGGAGCAGUAAGCCCAGGAACAGACCUUCAUUCAGACAGAUCCUACUGCACCUGGAUAUCGCCUCAGCGGACCUGCUGUCUACCCCACAGGAGACCUACUUCAAAUCUCAGGUACAGUCACAUAAGUAAAUAUGUCUCCCGAGUGGCGCAGUGGUCUAAGGCACUGCAUUGCAGUGCUAGCUGUGCCACUAGAGAUCCUGGUUCGAAUCCAGGCUCUGUCGUAGCCGGCCGCAACCGGGAGACCCAUGCGACGGCGCACAAUUGGCCCAGCGUCGUCCAGGGUAGGGGAGGGAAUGGCCGGCAGGGAUGUAGCUCAGUUGGUAGAGCAUGGUGUUUGCAACGCCAGGGUUGUGGGUUCGAUUCCCACGGGGGGCCAGUAUGAAAAAAAUAUAUUAAAAAAGUAAUGAAUGCACUCACUAACUGUAAGUCGCUCUGGAUAAGAGCGUCUGCUAAAUGACGUAAAUGUAAAUAGAACACUAGAAUGGACAUUGGCAUGCUGGCAACAUGACUACAGGACAGCCAUCUUGAAAUUAAACUUUCAUUUUAGAGUUAUAAACAUUUAUGACAGUGGUAGUCACUAAUAUUUCCAAGGUAGCCACUUUUGUAAAACAAAAUCCCUGGGCGAGCCGCCACACCCAUCGGAGAACAGGGGUUGGACGGGUCACAAAGUCAAAUUGAUUCAAACAUGAAAUUAAACAGAUUCAUACAUGAUAUUUAAGAUACUAUUAACAUGGACCAUCAAGCUAUUUAAUUCUCUGAUUCUCUGUUUUAGGACACUUGGGGGUAUCAGAAACAAAUGUGGAAAAUAAUUUGAUGAAUCUUUAGAAGCUGACCUUUUUGCUAUUAUCUCAAUAAAAGUUAUAGCACAAGAUUUGUCAAAUCAGGUCAUGUCAAAAUUCAAUCUGAUGGAAGGAAGUAUGCUGUGGAGUGAUUGAAAUGCAUCAGAAAGGUAUUGAAAAGUUGAGAAAAACAUCAGGGAUGAUCAUCAAACAAUCUUAUGUAUGAUCGUUUGUGGACAAUCAAUUCAUUUCCCUCAGUUAUUCCAUGCAGAUUCCUCACUCUCCCUACUAACGAGUCCUGCACAGCUUGUUUUAUGACUAUCCCUGGUUUAUGACUAUCCUUGGUUUAUGACUAUCCCUGGUUUAUGACUAUCCCUGGUUUAUGACUAUGCCUGGUUUGGUUUUAUGAUACGCCGGGUUAUGGGACUAUCCCCUGGUUUAUGAUAUGCUGUUUAUGACUAUCCUGGUUUAUGACUAUGCCUGGUAUGACUAUCCGGUUUCAUGGACUAUCCCUGGUUUAUGAUAUCCCUGGUUUAUGACUAUUCCAUGGUUAUGACUAUCCCUGAGUUUAUGAAUACGCGGUUUAUGACUACACCCUGGUUUAUGACUAUUCCUGGAUUAUUUGAAUACGCCUGGUUAUGGACUAUCCCGGUUUAGGACUAUUCCUGGUUUAUGAUCGCCAGGUUUAUGAUUAUCCCUGGUUUGUGACUACACCUGGUUUAUAACUACGCCUGGUUUAUGACUAUCCCUAGUUUUUGACUAUGCCUGGUUUAUGACUAUCCCUGGUUUAGUUAGACUUAUCCCUGGUUAGACUAUCCUGUUUAUGACUAUGCUGCGGUUUAUGACUAUUGGCAUUGUGGUUUAUGGACUAUCCCUGAGUUUAUGACUACGACUGGGUUUCUUGACUAUGCCUGGUUGAUGACGAUGCUGGGUUAUGAACUCUGCCUGGUUUAUGACUAUCCCUGGUUUAUGACUACGCCUUUUUAAUGACUACGCCUGGUUUAUGACUACGCCUGGUUUAUGACUACGCCUGGUUUAUGACUACGCCUUUUUAUGACUAUUGCCUGGUUAUGACUAGCCUGGUUUAUGGACUAUCCUGGAUGAUUUUACUAUCUGGUUUAUGACUUAAGCCUGGUUUAUGCUAUGCCUGGUUUAUGAUACGCCUGGUUAUGACUACACCUGGUUUAUGACUUACGCAGGCUUAUGGAUUUAUCCCUUGUUAGACUACGCCUGGUUAUGACUAUUGCCUGGUUAUGGACUACGCCUGAGUUUACGGACUACAACCUGGUUUAUGAACGCCAGGAUUAUGACUAUCCCUGGGUUUAUGACUAUGCUGGUUAAUGACUAGCCCUGGUUUAUGACAAAUCCCUGGUUUAUGAAGAUCCCUGGGUUUAUGACAAUCCAUGGUUUAUGCUAUGCCUGGUUUAUGCAUAGUUGGUGAUGACUACGCUGGUUAUGACACACCUGUGGUUUAUGACUAUGCCUGCGUUUAUGACUAUGCCUGGUUUAUGGACUAUCCCGGGGUUUCUAUGACUACGCCUGGUUUAGGGAAUAGGCCUUUUUUAUGGACUAUGCUGGUUUAGACUAUGCUGGUUCAUGACUAUCCCUGGUUUAUUACGCUCCUGGUUUAUGCAUUAUGCCUGGUUUCAUGACGACGCUGUUUAAUGACACGCCUGGUUUAUGACUAACGCUCGGUUAUGACAUGACGGGUGUAUGACUAUACUGGUUUAUGACAAUGCAUGGUUUUAUGACUAACGAUGGUUUAUGACUACGCCUGGUUUAUGACUAUGCCUGUUUCUGGUUUAUGACUACGCCCUGGUUUGUAUGAUACACCUGGUUUAUGGACUAUUCCGGUCAUUGACUAUGCCUGGUUAAUGACAUGCCUGGUUUAUGACUAUUCCUGGUUCAUGACUUCCCUGGUUUAUGACUAUCAUGGUUUAUGGGACUACGCCUCGGUUUAUGACUACGCCUUUUUAAUGACUACGGCCUGGUUAUAGACUUACGGCUUUUUUUUGGUUUAUGACUUUGCCGGUUUAUGACUAUUCUGGUUUAUGGACUACACCUGGUAUGACUUAUGCCUGGUUUAUGAAUACGCCUGGGUUUAUGAGACGCCUGGUUUAUGACAACACCUGGUUUAUGACUAUGCCUGGUUUAUGACUAUCCCUGGUUUAUGACUACGCCUGGUUUAUGACUAUGCUGGUUUUUUAUGGACUAGCUGGUUUAUGACUACACCUGAGUUUAUGACAUUUCUGGUCAUGACUAGCCUGGUUUAUGAAAUACGACUGGUUAUGAUUAUCCCUGGUUUGUGACUACGCCUGGUUUAUAACUACGCCUGGUUUAUGACUAUCCUGUUUUGACUAUACUGGUUAUGACUAUCCUGGUUAUGAAUAUCCAUGGUUUAUGGACUACGGGGGGGGGGGGGGGGGGGGGGGGGCCUGGUUAUGACUACGCCUGGUUUAUGACUAUGAUGGUUUACGACUAUGCCUGGUUUAUGACUAUCCCUGGUUUAUGACUAUGCCCUGGUUUCUGGGAUGACGCCUUUUUUAAUGACUACGCCUGGUUAUGGCCUAUCCCUGGUUUAUGGGACUACGCCUGGUUAUUACUAUGCCUGGUUAUGACAUCCCUGUUUAUGACUAUUACCUGGUUUUAUGGAACUAUCCCUGGUUGACUAUGCCUGGUUUAUGGACUACGGCCUUUUUUAAUGAUACGGCAUGGCGUUUAUGACUAUCCCUGGUUUAUGACUACGCCUGGUUUAUUACUGUGCCUGGUUUAUGACUAUCCCUGGUUUAUGACUACGCCAGGAUUAUGAUUAUCCCCUGGGUUAUGGAGGGGGGGGGGGGGGGGGGUGCGGGGGGGGGGGGGGGGGGGGCUUGCCCUGGUUUAUGACUAUGCCUUUUUUAUGACUAUGCCUGGUUUAUGACUAUGCCUGGUUCAUGACUAUCCCUGGUUUAUUACUAUCCCGGGAUUAUGAUUUAUGCCUGGUUUAGACACGUGGUUUAGGACUACGGCAGGGUUUAUGGACUACGCCUGGUUAUGACUACACAUGUUUAGGACUAUCCCUGGUUUAUGACUAUUCCUGGUUUAUGACUACGCCUGGUUUAUGACUACGCCUGGUUUUAUGGGACUAUUUCCUGAAGUUUAUGACUGCAUGCUGGUUUAUGAUACGCUGGUUUAUGACUAUCCCUGGUUCAUGACUAUGCCUGGUUAAUGACUAUCCCUGGUUUAUGACUAUCCCUGGUUUAUGACUAUGCUUGGUUUAUGACUUUGCCUGGUUUAUGACUAUGCCUGGUUUAUGACUACACCUGGUUUAUGACUAUGCCUGGUUUAUGACUAUGCCUGGUUUAUGACUAUCCUGAGUUAUGAUAGCCUGGUUUAUGACAGAGACCACUCUAGUUAUGUAGUUUAUCUCUAUGAAGAGAGAGUACCGCUCCUACUAAGCCACUAGUAGCUCUCUCUCUCUCACUCAAUACCAAUUUCCCUUCUGUCUGUCUAGGAAAGAUAUAUGGUGCCUUGUAAAAUUACAAGCUGAUGGACAAGUGCCCAUGCACGCAAUUACACAGGCAGUCAUAUAAGCAUGACCCCAAAUUAACCACAAACACAGGCAGUUUUUAAGAUUCAUUCCGUAGGGAUGCCCGUUACAAGGCUUCCUGAAAAUGGAUUGAUAUAGGGACGCAAAUACAAGCGGACACCGGGAUUCUGUGUCUGCAAUCGAUUCCUCCCUAAGAAGAGCGCGAGGAGAGAGAAAGAGAAAAGGAAAGAAGAAGCGAGAGAGGACGCGAGAAAGAGAAGAAGCAAGAAGAAGAGAGAGAGUAGCGAGCCAGAGAGGACGGAAAGAAGCCGAGAGAGGCGCGCGCGCGAGCACGCACGGAACGAAGAAGAGAGAGAGGCGAGCGGAGAGCGAGCGACGGCCAGAAGAAGAGACGAGCGGCGAGAGAGAGCGGCGCACGAGAAGACGACGCGAGCGGCGAGAGAACGAGCGGACGGGCACGAAGAAGACGAGGGGGGAAGCGGAAGAGAAAGAGAAGAGGAAGACAAGCGCUGAACCACCUAGAGGUGAGGGAGACGGCGCGGCAAAACCGCAAGAACACAGACUGAAACAGACUGUCUGGGAGUUCCUUUUCCACCCUCCCCCUCUCACCUCUCAUAAUGGAUUUUUCUUGUUGACGGCAGCAAGAAAGUUUAGCUGCUACAGUCUAUACUAUUGAUUGCGUUAAUGUGGAGGAGAGGCAGGGCGAAGGGGGGGGAGGGAGAGGACGAGGAAGAGGAGGGAGAGGAGAGGAUGAGGGGGAGGAGAGGGGAGAGGAGAGGAGAGAACGGGAGAGGAGAGAGAGGAGAGGAGAGGAGAGGAGAGGAGAGGAGAGAGAGGAGAGAGAGGAGUGGAGAGGAGAGGAGGAUGGGAAGAGAGGAGGAGGGGAGGGAGGAGAGGAGGAUGGGAGGACGAGGAGCGAGAGGAAGGGAGGAACGAGGAGGAGAAGGGGGCGAGAGGCGGAGGAGAGGAGGAGGGAGGAGAGGAGGAGCGAAGAGGAGAGGAGCGAUGGGAACAAAGGAGAGGGGGAGGAGAGGAGAUGGGAGGCGAGGAAGAUAGGAGGAGGGGCGGGGAGGAGAGGGCGAGGAAGAGAGGAGGGAGAAGUGAGGAGAGGAGGAGGGGAGGAGGAGGAGGAGAAGGGGAGGAGAGGAGGAUGGGAAAGAGGAGAGGAGGAGAGGAGGAGGGAAGAGAGGAGAGGAAGAUAGGAGGAGGGUGAGGGGAGGGAGAGGGAGGGAAGGAGAGAGGAGGGGAGGAGAGGAGAGGAAGGGAGAGGAGAGGAGGAGGAGAGGGAGAGGCAGAGAGAUAGAAGGAGAGGAGCAUGAAGGAGAGUAGGAGGAGAGGGAGGAGAGGAGGGAGAGGAGAGGAAGAGGAGGAGAGGAGAGGAGGAGGAGAGAGAAGAGGAGGGAUGAGGGAUGAGAGGAGGAGGGGGGAUGGGAGGAGAGGAGAGGAAAGAGGAGGAUGGGAAGAGAGGGAGGAGGGGGAGGGGAGGAGGAUGCGUAGGAGAGGAUGAGGAGGAGGGGAGGAGAGGAGAGGGGGAUGAGAAUAGAGAGGAGAGGAGGGGAGGAGGGGGGAUGGAAAGGGGGGGGGAGGAGGGGGAGGAGAGGAGAAGAAGGAUGUGAGAAGAAGCAGGGAGGAGGAGGACGAGGAGAGCGAGGAGAGGAGGAUGAGAGGCAGGGAGAGGAGAGGGAGGAAGAAGGGAGGAGAGGAGAGGGCAGGGACGGAGGUGGGGGACAAGAGGAGAGGAGGAGAGGAGGGAUGGGAGGAGAGAGAAGAUAGGGGAGGGGGAGGGAGUGAGAGGAAGAUAGGAGGAGGGGGAGGGGAGGGGAGGAGGGAGAGGAAGAGAGGAGGAGAAGGGAGGAGAGGAGGAUGGGAGGAGAGGAGGAGAAGGGAGGAGAGGACGGAGGGGACAAGAGGACGAGGAGGAGAGGGAGGAUGGGAAGAGAGGAGAGGAAGUCAGGAGGAGGGGAGGAAGAGGAGAGGAGAGGAGGGAGAGGAGGGGAGAGGAGAGGCGGAGAGGACGAGGCGGAGGAAGGAGGAGAGGAGAGGAGAGGAGAGGAAGAGGAGAGGAGAGGAGGGAGAGGAGAGGAGAGGAGAGGAGAGGAAGGAUGGGAUGAGAGAGAAGGAGAGGAGGAGAGGAGAGGAAGAGGAGACGAGGAGGAUGGAGGAGAGGACGAGGAGGAUGGGAGGGAGGGGAGGAGGGAGGGAAGAGGAUGGGAAGAGAGAGAGGAGGAUGGGGAGGGAGGAGGAUGUCAGGAGAGGAGAGAGGAGGGUGAGGAGAGGAGAGGAAGAGAGGAGAGGAGGGGAGGAGAGGCGGAGGGGGAUGGAAGGGGAUGAGGGGAGGAGAGGAGAAGAGGAGAGAAGAAGCAGGGAGGAGGAGGAGAGGAGAGAGGAGGAGGAGAGGCAGGGAGGAGAGGAGGAGAGGCAGGGAGGAGAGGAGAGGCAGGGAGGAGAGGAGGAGAGGCAGGGAGGAGAGGCAGGGAGGAGGGGAGAGGCAGGGGGAGAAGCAGGGAGGAGAGGAAGGGAGAGGAGAGGGCGGAGAGGCAGGGAGGAGAGGGAUGACUGCAGGCAGAGCAGAGUGCUCUCAAACUCCAUUAGCUUAAUAACAAGAGCCAUACACACACACAAACACACACACACUCUAUUAAAAACCCUUCUGUCCUUGGACAAGACAUACAGCAGCUAAAGAGGCACUGGUCAAAGUCAGAUUGGUACACAGGCAGGAAAAUGUCCACGGUGUCCUUUCUUUCAGAAUGUGUUCUGAGAUGCUCUGUGACAUGGAUUCGUUUUGACUGACACACAUGGUAUGUCUAUGCUGGUGUCUAACUGUUAUUAUGACUGACACUAUGAUCUGUGUUGUUGUGUUUUAACUGACACGCCGUCUGUUGCUGUGUCUGUGUUGCAGGCAGAGUGGCGUGAGGAGGUGAAGCAACACUUUGAGAAGAUCAAGUCAGAGGGGACGUGUAUACACAGACUGGACGAGGAGAUGAUCAUUCGACGCAAAGAGGAGCUCAGGUACAGGGAGAGUGUUAUGGAUGGAUGGAUGGAUGGAUGGAUGGAUGGGUGGAUGGGUGGAUGGAUGGAUGGAUGGAUGGAUGGAUGGAUGGAUGGAUGGAUGGAUGGAUGGAUGGAUGGAUGAAUUAAUAUUUAAGUGAGUGAGUUAGUGAGGGAGGGAGGGAGGGAGUGAAUGAACAUACAGAAAGAAUCCUACAAUAGAUACAUAAAUACUGUACAGACUGACAGUAAAUGAAUAGCUAGCUGUACUGUACUGUGUGUGUGUAUUAACCCUGUCUGUCCCGUUGGCUUUCUCUCUCCCUCUCUACCAGACACGCCCUGGACAUCCGUGAGCACUACGAGAGGAAGCUGGAGAGAGCCAACAACCUCUACAUGGAGCUCAACGCUGUCAUGCUGCAGCUGGAACUCAAGGAGAAAGAGCUACUCAAGUAAUAAUCCUAGUUAUUGUUCCUUACACACAAUAUCCACCUUGAAGCUCUCGACCCGCUCCACUGCAGCCACGUCGAUGUGGAUGGGGGCGUGCUCGUCCCCCCGUUUCCUGUAGUCCACCAUCAGCUCCUUGGUCUUUACUGACGUUGAGGGAGAGGUUGUUAUCCAGGCACCACACUGCCAGGUCACUGACCUCCUCCCUAUAGGCUGUCUCAUCGUCACCAGGUCACUGACCUCCUCCCUAUAGGCUGUCUCAUCGUCACCAGGUCACUGACCUCCUCCCUGUAGGCUGUCUCAUCGUCACCAGUGAUCAGGUCACUGACCUCCUCCCUAUAGGCUGUCUCAUCGUCACCAGGUCACUGACCUCCUCCCUGUAGGCUGUCUCAUCGUCACCAGUGAUCAGGUCACUGACCUCCUCCCUGUAGGCUGUCUCAUCGUCACCAGUGAUCAGAUCACUGACCUCCUCCCUAUAGGCUGUCUCAUCGUCACCAGUGAUCAGAUCACUGACCUCCUCCCUAUAGGCUGUCUCAUCGUCACCAGGUCACUGACCUCCUCCCUGUAGGCUGUCUCAUCGUCACCAGUGAUCAGGGCCUACCACCAUCAUGUCAUCAGCAAACUUGAUGAUGGUGUCGGAGUCCUGCGUGGCCACACAAUCGUGGGUGAACAGGGAGUACAGGAAGGGACUGAGGACACACCCCUGAGGGUCAGAGUGGCGGAGGUGAUGUUACCCACCCUCACCACCUGGGGGCGGCCCGUCAGGAAGUCCAGGAUCCAGUUGCAGAGGGAAGUGUACAAUCCCAGGGUCCUAAGCUUGGUGACGAGCUUGGAGGGGACAAUGGCGUUGAAGGCUUAGCUGUAGUCCAUGAACAGCAUUGUGAGCUUUUGUGAAAGAGCACAGUUAAAAAGAUAUGGCAUAUAGAAGCAUACCAGAUGGACAACAUGAAAACGAUCGGAGGAAGUUCAGGAGUAAAAACAAACAAAAUAUAAUGAUUGACUGUGUCCAUAAAAUGUAUAUAGUAUGUAUAAGCAUGAAGUAGAGGCCUAAGCGUUGUUGUUCACUAGUUUACUCCAAUUAGGGAAGGGAUGGUGGGGUUGGAAAGUAAUAAAGGGAAAUAUAUAUAUUUUUAAAGGAUAUGUAUGUAUAUGCGUAUAUGUAUGUAUAUGCGUAUAUGUAUGUAUGUGUAUAUAUAUAUAUGCAAGACAAAAAGAAGAAAAAACCUAUGGGGGAUUGGAAGUGAUGCAGACAAUUACAUUGAUGGAAGUUACAAUCUAUCUGCAAUAUUAAAGCUGAUCAACCCCCUAAAAAAUAUAUAUAUAUAUAUAAAAAUAAAAAUGAACAGCAUUGUCCAAAUCACAAAGGACUUAAAAUGGUCCACUCACACGCGUACAGUCGUGAAGAACAGCGCCUCUUCCCCCUCAAAAAGUUCUACAGCUGCACCAUUGAGAGGAUCUUCACUUGCUGCAUCACUGUUUGGUAUGGCAACAGCACCGCCCUCGAUUGCAUGGUGCUACAGAGGGUGGUGCGGACAGCCGAGUACAUCACUGGGGCCAAGCUCUCUGCCAUCCAGCACCUCUAUAUCAGGCGGUGUGAAAGGCAGGCCCGGAAAAUCGUAAAGACUCCAGCCACCCAAGCCUUCUUAGACUGUUCUCUCUGCUUCCGCACGGCAAGGGGUACCGGUGCAUCACGUUUGACACCAACAGGCUACUGAACAGCCUCUAUCCCCAAGCUAUAAGACUGCUAAAUAGCUAACUAAAUAGCUAACUAAAUAGCUAACAGAAUGACUACAUGGACUAUCUGAGUUGACCCUUUUAUUUGAUUUUUACACUGUCUCAAUGCACACUCACAGGGCCCUACACACUCACACACACACACACACACACUGACACUCCAACACACACAUAACAUGCACACACAUUUAUACUGACUCUACAUACACACAUACAAUCAUCAUUUAAGCUGCUGUUUAUCAUACAUCCUGAUGUCUAGUCACCUUACCCCUAUAUAUACCUACCUCCAUCACUCCAGUGUCCCUGCACAUUGUAAAUAUGGUACUGGAACUGACCCUGUAUAUAGUCACCUUACCCCUAUACAUAUCUACCUCUAUCACUCCAGUGUCCCUGCACAUUGUAAACAUGCUAUUGGAACUGACCCUGUAUAUAGUCACCUUACCCCUAUAUAUACCUACCUCCAUCACUCCAGUGUCCCUGCACAUUGUAAAUAUGGUACUGGAAACUGACCCUGUAUAUAGUCACCUUACCCCUAUACAUAUCUACCUCUAUCACUCCAGUGUCCCUGCACAUUGUAAACAUGCUAUUGGAACUGACCCUGUAUAUAGUCACCUUACCCCUAUAUAUACCUACCUCCAUCACUCCAGUGUCCCUGCACAUUGUAAAUAUGCUACUGGAACUGACCCUGUGUGUAGCUUCUUACUUUCUCAUGUUUUUAUUUCUCAUGUUUAUAUCUGGUGUGUUUUUGUUUCUACCGUAUGUUCUUUUAUAGUCCUACAUUGAUAUUGAUUACUGCAUUGUUGGGUUUUGAGUUUGCAAGAAAGGCAAUUUCACUGUACUUGAAACUUGUGUAUACAAUGCUCAUCGUCAUCUGCCACAUAGAGGAGAGGGAAUAACAGACAUAAUAUGUAAUAACAACAAUAUGUUUAUUUAUUGUGGCUUAGAAAUUAAUUAACGAACAAACUAACAAAAUGAUGUUGUGUGUGUGUGUGUGUGUUACCCAGGAGGGAGCAGUCACUGGAUAAGAAGUACCCAGGAUGCAUCAAACACCACAGCUCCAGACAAGAACGCUCGUCCAACUCCAUGGAGAAGCUCAUCAAGAAACGCAACGUACCUCAGAAACUUCCCUCGCACAGCAAGAGGUGAGACUGAGGAGGGAGAAACCAAUGAAACAUUCACACUUCUCACUAAUUUGUCACGAUUUGUUGUUCAAUCCAUGUCAGUAUAGUUAUGAUUACUAAAAUACAUUGUGGUAACACUAACAGGGCAUAAAGUUAUAAUCUAGUAUGACUUGUUAUAGGCAUGUACAAAGUCCUCACUGUUGAUAGUUUCUUUGGACACAAGGGGAAAUGGAACGGCUGCAUCCAUUUCUCUUGACUUUACAUUUUAGUCAUUUAGCAGAUCUCUUAUCCAGAGCAACUUACAGUUGGUGCAUUCAUCUUAAGAUAGCACCUUUUUUUUCUAAGAUUGUAGCAUAUAUAGAACCUAAAAGGGUUCUUCGGAUGUCCCCAUAGGAGAACCCUUUGAAGAAUCCUUUUUGGUUCCAGGUAGAACCUUUUUGAAUUCCAUGUAGAACCCUUUCCAUAGAGGGUUCUACAUGGAACCAAAAAAUAGUCCUACCUGGAACCAAAAAGGGUUCUACCUGGAACCAAAAUGGGUUCUCCUAUGGGGACAGCUGAAGAACUCCCUUUGGAACCCUUUCUUGUAAGAGUGUAGGUGGGACAACCACAUAUCUUAGUCAUAGUAAGUACAUUUUUUCUUCAAUAAAAUAGCUAUCAGCAAAGUCAGAGCUAGUAAGGCAGACAACUUGACUGACUUUAUUGAGCCAUGCUCAGUGUACUCCCUGUGACUCCACUGUGUUGUUCCAGUAGACCAGACCUAUUGAAGUCAGAGGUGAUCCUUCCCAAGCUGGACUCCUCCAUGACCCAGGUGACCAUCCCCUCCUGCCCCCAGAAGGGCUCCACGUCCCCGGGGAGGUCGCGUCGGGCCAAGCCCCGCUACCGGAAGGCAGGGAAGGGCAGCAGUGGAGACCUGGCUGGGCUGAAGGCUGCGUUAUCAUCCACACUGGGUCUGGCUAAUACUACAUCUCUGACCAACACCACCUCCACACCCAGGUAUUUAUGUUGACAUGUCUCCCUACUGGAUGUGUAGUUGGAUGAAUUGUUUUAUAUAAGAAAUAUAUAUCAAUGUUUUAUUCUCACUGUGUCCAGUCUGUCACUAUCUCAAUUAAUCCUUCCUGGAUUCCUAACAUCCUCUGUCCUUGCCUUCUUCUCAAAACCCAUGAGAGAAGAAGGUCGAAGGGGAGGGCCCCGUCUACUGUACUAUCUCCUCCAAUACAAUUGAGAAGAAUGCGAGGAAUCGCAAAACGACAAAUUGAGAUAGAGCCAGAGUGUAAUUUUGCUGCAACCAAAUCGCCCCUUCAGAGCCCACAAUAAAGUUGUAUUCUCCCCCCCCCCCCCAGCAGCAAGCAGCACCUGGACCCCAGCGCAGCUCUGAGAGGUCUGCAGCAUGACCUGCUGCUGAAGAAGAUGUCCUCGUCCAGCCCAGACCUCAUCUCUACCACCAUGGAGGCAGAGGACCGCCGCAGGGGACUGGAGAGACCUGGUCUGGAGAGAGGGGGCAGCCAGAGCGCCUCGGCAGGCCUGGGAGGAGGUGAAUUAAAAUGUAUAAUAUUGUCCGAUAGGGAAAUUUGUAUAAAGUGCGUUCGGGAAGUAUUCAGACCCCUUGACUUUUUCCACAUUUUGUUACGUUACAACCUUAUUCUAAAAAUGAUUAAAUUAAUUAUUUUCCUCAUCAAUCUACACACAAUACAGGUUUUUAGAAAGUUUUGCAAAUGUAUUAAAAAUAAAAAACAGAAAUACCUUAUUUACAUAAGUAUUCAGACCCUUUGCUUUGAGACUCGAAAUUGAGCUCAGGUGCAUCCCGUUUCCAUUGAUCAUCCUUGAGAGGUUUUCUACAACUUGAUUGGAGUCCACCUGUGGUAAAUUCAAUUGAUUGGACAUGAUUUGGAAAGGCACACACCUGUCUAUUUAAGGUCCCAGAGUUGACAGUGCAUGUCAGAGCAAAAACCAAGCCAUGAGGUCGAAGGAAUUGUCCGUAGAGCUCCGACACAGGAUUGUGUCAAGUCACAGAUCUGGGGAAGGGGACCGAAACAUUUCUGCAGCAUUGAAGGUCCUCAAGAACACAGUGGCCUCCAUACUUAAAUGGAAGAGCUAGAGACACUCCUAGAGCUGGGGAGAAGGGCCUUGGUCAGGGAGGUGACCAAGAACCCGAUGGUCACUCUGACAGAGCUCCAGAGUUCCUCUGUGGAGGUGGGAGAACCUUCCAGAAGGACAACCAUCUCUGCAGCACUCCACCAAUCAGGCCUUUAUGGUAGAGUGGUCAGACGGAAGCCACUCAUCAGUAAAAGGCACAUGACAGCCCGUUUGGAGUUUGCCAAAAGGCACCUAAAGGACUCUCAGACCAUGAGAAACAAGAUUCUCUGGUCUGAUGAAACCAAGAUUGAACUCUUAGGCCUGAAUGCCAAGCGUCACGUCUGGAGGAAACCUGGCACCAUCCCUACGGUGAAGCAUGGUGGUGGCAGCAUCAUGCUGUGGGGAUGUUUUUCAGCGGCAGGGACUGGGAGACUAGUCAGGAUGCACAUCCUCUCCCACACCAGGCAGACUGCUUGGCUGCGCUCGACGGAAACGCACUCUUCAGCACAAUGGAUCUCACCUCUGGGUUCUAUAACAUGCCACUGCACGAAGAUGACAGAAGGUAUUCUGCCUUCACAACACCUAUGGGGCUCUUUGAAUACAACCGUCUACCUCAGGGUCUCUGUAUGCCGCAUUGGAGGUCCCCAAGAACACAGUGGCCUCCAUCAUUCUUAAAUGGAAGAAGUUUGGAACCACCAAGAUUCUUCAUAGAGCUGGCCGCCCGGCCAAACUGUGCAAUCGGAGGAGAAGGGCCUUGAUCAGGGAGGUGACCAAGAACCCGAUGAUCACUCUGACAGAGCUCUAGAGUUCCUCUGUGGAGAUGGGAGAACCUUCCAGAAGGACAACCAUCUCUGCAGCACUCCACCAAUCAGGCCUUUAUGGGAGAGUGGCCAGACGGAAGCCACUCCUCGGUAAAAGGCACAUGACAGCCCACUUGGAGUUUGCCAAAAGGCACCUAAAGGACUCAGACCAUGAGAAACAAGAUUCUCUGGUCUGAUGAAACCAAGAUCGAACUCUUUGGCCUGAAUGCCAAGCGUCACGUCUGAAGGAAACCUGGCACCAUCCCUACGGUGAAGCAAUAGUGGUGGCAGCAUCAUACUGUGGAGACUAGUCAGGAUCGAGGGAAAUUUCUAAAAACCUGUUUUUGCUUUGUCAUGAUGGGGUAUUGUGUGUAGAUUGACGAGGGGAAAAAACAAUUUAAUCAAUUUUAGAAUAAGGCUGUAACGUAACAAAAAUGUGGAAAAAGUCAGGGGUCUGAAUAUUUCCGAAUGCACUGAAUACAGGGAUACCUGGCAUACAUUUAAGGCUGGUUUCCCAUACACAGAUAAAGACUACAUUUUAAGAUAUUUCUGUGUCGGGGAAACCAGCCCAUAAUGUAUCAUAUAGAUAGUCACAGGACAUACAGUGAGGGAAAAAAGUAUUUGAUCCCCUGCUGAUUUUGUACGUUUGCCCACUGACAAAGACAUGAUCAGUCUAUAAUUUUAAUGGUAGGUUUAUUUGAACAGUGAGAGACAGAAUAACAACAAAACAAUCCAGAAAAACGCAUGUCAAAAAUGUUAUAAAGUGAUUUGCAUUUUAAUGAGGGAAAUAGGUAUUUGACCCCUCUGCAAAACAUGACUUAGUACUUGGUGGCAAAACCCUUGUUGGCAAUCACAGAUGUCAGACGUUUAUUGUAGUUGGCCACCAGGUUUGCACACAUCUCAGGAGGGAUUUUGUCCCACUCCUCUUUGCAGAUCUUCUCCAAUUCAUUAAGGUUUCGAGCCUGACGUUUAGCAACUCAAACCUUCAGCUCCCUCCACAGAUUGUCUAUGGGAUUAAGGUCUGGAGUCUGGCUAGGCCACUCCAGGACCUUAAUAUGCUUCUUCUUGAGCCACUCCUUUGUUUCCUUGGCCGUGUGUUUUGGGUCAUUGUCAUGAUGGAAUACCCAUCCACGACCCAUUUUCAAUGCCCUGGCUGAGGGAAGGAGGUUCUCACCCAAGAUUUGACGGUACAUGGCCCCGUCCAUCGUCCCUUUGAUGCGGUGAAGUUGUCCUGUCCCCUUAGCUGAAAAACACCCCCAAAGCAUAAUGUUUCCACCUCCAUGUUUGACGGUGGGGAUGGUGUUCUUGGGGGUCAUAGGUAGCAUUCCUCCUCCUCCAAACACGGCGAGUUGAUGCCAAAGAGCUCGAUUUUGGUCUCAUCUGACCACAACACUUUCACCCAGUUCUCCUCUGAAUCAUUCAGAUGUUCAUUGGGAAAGUUCAGACGGGCCUGUAUAUGUGCUUUCUUUAGCAGAGGGACCUUGCGGGCGCUGCAGGAUUUCAGUCCUUCACGGCGUAGUGUGUUACCAAUUGUUUUCUUGGUGACUAUGUUCCCAGCUGCCUUGAGAUCAUUGACAAGAUCCUCCCGUGUAGUCUGGGCUGAUUCCUCACCGUUCUCAUGAUCAUUGCAACUCCACGAGGUGAGAUCUUGCAUGGAGCCCCAGGCCGAGGGAGAUUGACAGUUAUUUUGUGUUUCUUCCAUUUGCGAAUAAUCGCACCAACUGUUGUCACCUUCUCACCAAGCUGCUUGGCGAUGGUCUUGUAGCCAAUUCCAGCCUUGUGUAGGUCUACAAUCUUGUCCCUGACAUCAUUGGAGAGCUCUUUGGUCUUGGCCAUGGUGUAGAGUUUGGAAUCUGAUUGAUUGCUUCUGUGGACAGGUGUCUUUUAUACAGGUAACAAACUGAGAUUAGGAGCACUCCCUUUAAGAGUGUGCUCCUAAUCUCACCUCGUUACCUGUAUAAAAGACACCUGGCAGCCAGAAAUCUUUCUGAUUGAGACGGGGUCAAAUACUUAUUUCCCUCAUUAAAAUGCAAAUCAAUUUAUAAAAUUUUUGACAUGCAUUUUUCUGGAUUUUGUUGUUGUUAUUCUGUCUCUCACUGUUCAAAUAAACCUACAAAAUGAUAGACUGAUAAUUUCUUUGUCAGUGGGCAAACUUACAAAAUCAGCAGGGGAUCAAAUACUUUUUUCCCCUCACUGUACAUCACAAGACACGAUGAGUCAAACAUACAUAAAUAAAUGUAGUGCAAAUAAAUAUUGUGCAUAUAACUACAGUGCAAAUAAAUAUAGUGUAAAUAAAUAUAGUGCAAAUAAAUAUAGUGUAAAUACAGUCAGUUAUGGUUUACAGUCUUCUGUAUUUAGGAAACUAGGAAACUGAUGCUGGUUGGUGAAUGACUUACAGGUGGAGGAGGAGGUGAUGGAGGAGGAAGAGAAGGAGGAGGGACGGAGGAUGGAGGGGUGGGGACAGAUGACCAAACAGAGACCCCACCGCGUAGCAACACCCCCAGCGAGGACGCGGUCUCCAUCCCGUUCUCCAGCAGCCCAGACUCCCCCUGUGGGAGGGGGGCAGCGGCAGGGAGGGGAUCGGUGCUGGGAGGCCCAGGAAGGUUACUUCAGGACGGGGAGGGACAAGGAGGAGGGCACAGGGAUCAUCAGGUCACCCAGGAGCCAACACCUCACACCUGCAGCACUGCUCUACCGGAAAACAAGUCACCACGCAAACAGGUAGUGAUCAGUAGUAGGGCAAGAUGGAUGGCAUCUGGUGGCUUUACUAUACUAACUAAACUAGAGUUAGGAGAUUAUCCUGACCAGUUCUACUAACUAACCUGGAGUUAGGAGAUAUCCUGAUCAGUUUCUACUAACUAACCUGGAGUUAGGAGAUUCUCCUGAUCAGUUUUACUAACUAACCUGGAGUUAGGAGAUUCUCCUGACCAGUUCUACUAACUAACCUAGAGUUAGGAGAUUUUCCUGACCAGUUCUACUAACUAACCUAGAGUUAGGAGAUUCUCCUGACCAGUUCUACUAACUAAACUAGAGUUAGGAGAUUCUCCUGACCAGUUCUACUAACUAACUGGAGUUAGGAUAUUCUCUGACCAGUUUCUACUAACUAACCUGGAGUUAGGAGAUUUCUCCUGACCAGUUCUACUAACUAACCUAGAGUUAGAGGAUUCUCCUGGCUAGUUCUACUAACUAACCUAGAACCAAGAGAUUCUCCUGACCAAUUCUACUAACUAACCUAGAGUUAGGAGAUUCUCCUGACCAGUUCUACUAACUAAUCUAGAGUUAGGAGAUUCUCCUGACCAGUUCUACUAACUAAACUAGAGUUAGGAGAUUCUCCUGACCAGUUAUACUAACUAACCUGGAGUUAGGAGAUUCCCUGACCAGUUCUACUAUCUAACCUAGAGUUAGAGGAUUCUCCUGAUCAUUCUACUAACUAACCUAGAACCAAGAGAUUCUCCUGACCAGUUUCUACUAACUAACCUGGAGUUAGGAGAUUCUCCUGACCAGUUCUACUAACUAACCUGGAGUUAGAGAUUCUCCUGACCAGUUCUACUAAAUAACUGGAGUUAGGAGAUUCUCCUGACCAGUUUCUACUAAACUAACCUGGAGUUAGAGAUUCUCCUGACCAGUUCUACUAACUAAAAUAGAGUUAGGAGAUUCUCCUGUACAGUUCUACUAACUAACUAGAGUUAGGAGAUUCUCCGACCAGUUCUACUAACUAAACUAGAGUUAGGAGAUUCUCCUGAACCAGUUCUACUAACUAACCUGGAGUUAGGAGAUUCUCCUGACCAGUUCUACUAACUAACCUGGAUUAGGAGAUUCUCCUGACCAGUUCUACUACACUAGAGUUAAAGAUUCUCCUGGCUAGUUCUACUAACUACCUAGAACCAAGAGAUUCUCCUGACCAAGUUCUACGUAACUACCUAGAGUUAGGAGAUUCUCCUGACCAGUUCUACUAACUAAUCUAGAGUUAGGAGAUUCUCCUGACCAGUUCUAACUAACUAAACUAGAGUUAGGAGAUUUCCUGACCAGUUAUACUAACUACCUGGAGUUAGGAGAUUCUCCUGACCAGUUCUACUAUCUAACCUAGAGUUAGAAGAUUUUCCUGAUUCAGUUCUACUAACUACCUCAGACCAAGAGAUUUACUGACCAGUGAUAACUAACCUGGGAGAGUUAGGGGAUUCUCAGGACCAGUUCUACGAACUAACCUGGAGUUAGGAGAUUCUCCUGACAGUUUCAACUAAACCUGGAUGUUAGGAGUUCUCCUGGGCCAGUUCUACUAAACUAACCUGGAGUUAGGAGAUUAUCUGUCAGUUCUACUAACUAACCUGGAGUUAAGGAGAUUUCCUGACCAGUCUACUACUAAACUAGAGUUAGGAAUUCUCCUGACCAGUUCUACUAACUAACUGGGUUAGGGAUUAUCCUGGACAGUUCUAUACUAACUAGAGUUAGAGAUUCUCCUGACCAGUUUACUAACUAACCUAGAGUUAGGAGAUUCUCCUGACCAGUUCUACUUAACUAAAUAGGUUAGGAGAUUUCUCUGACCAGUUCUACUAUCAACCUAGAGUUAGAAGAUUCUCCUGAUCCGUUCUACUAAACUAACCUAGAACCAAGCGAUUCUCCGACCAGUUCUAUAACGUAACUGGAGUUGGAGAUUCUCCUGACCAGUUCUACUAAAACUAACACUGGAGUUAGGAGAUUUCCUGACAGUUCUAUAACUAACCUGGAGUUAGGAGAUUUUCUCCUGGCCAGUUCUACUAACUAACCUGGAGUUAGGAGAUUCUCCUGACAGUUUACUAAUAAAACUAGCGUAGGGAUUAGCUGACCGUUCUACUAACAAACCUAGAGUUAGGGAGAUUCUCCUGACCAGUUCUACUACUAAACUAGAGUUAGGCGAUUCUCCUGCCAGUUCUACUAACUAAAACCUGGAUUAGACGAUUCUCCGACAGUUUUACUAAACUAACCUAGGUGAGGAAGAUUCUACAUGGCUAGUUCUUCCUAACUACACCUAGAAACCAAGAGAUUCAAUGACCAAUUCUACUACUAACCUAGGUUUAGGAGAUUCUCCUGACAGUUCUUACUAACUUAAACUAGAGUUAGGAGAUUCUCCUGACCAGUUAUACUAACUAACCUGGAGUUAGGAGAUUCUCCUGACCAGUUCUACUAUCUAACCUAGAGUUAGAAGAUUCUCCUGAUCAGUUCUACUAACUAACCUAGAACCAAGAGAUUCUACCUGACCAGUUCUACUAACUAACCUGGAGUUAGGAGAUUCUCCUGACCAGUUCUACUAACUAACCUGGAGUUAGGAGAUUCUCCUGACCAGUUCUACUAACUAACCUGGAGUUAGGAGAUUUCCCUGGCAGUUUCUACUAAACUAACCUGGAGUUAGGAGAUUAUCCUGAUCAGUUCUACUAACUAACCUGGAGUUAGGAGAUUCUCCUGACCAGUUUCUACUAACUAAACUAGAGUUAGGAGAUUCUCCUGACCAGUUUCGACUAACUAACCUGGAGUUAGGAGAUUAUCCUGACCAGUUUCUACUAACUAAACUAGAGUUAGGAGAUUCUCCUGACAGUUCUACUAACUAUAGGGAUUCUCCCUGACCAGUUCUACUAACUAAACUAGAUGUUAGGAGAUUCUCCUGACCAGUUCUACUAACUAACCUGGAGUUUAGGGAGUACUCCUGACCAGUUUCUACUAACUAAACCUAGAGUUAGAAGAUUUCUCCUGCUAGUUCUACUAACUAACCUAGAACCAAGAUAUUCUCCUGACCAUUCUACUAACUAACCUAGAGUUUAGGAGAUUCUCCUGACCAGUUCUACUAACUAAUCUAGAGUUAGGAGAUCUCCUGACCAGUUUAUACUAACUAACCUGGAGUUAGGAGAUUCUCCUGACCAGUUUCUACUAUCUAACCUAGAGUUAGAAGAUUCUCCUGAUCAGUUCUACUAACUAAACCUAGAACCAAGAAUUCUCCUGACCAGUUCUACUAACAACCUGGAGUUAGGAGAUUCUCCUGACCAUUUCUACUAACUAACCUGGAGUUAGGGAGAUUCUCCUGACCAGUUUCUACUAACUAAACCUGGAGUUAGGAGAUUCCCUGGCCAGUUUACUUAAAACUAAACCUGGAGUUAGGAGAUUAUCAUGAUAAGUUCUACUACUCAACCUGGAGGUUAGGAGAUUCUCAUGACCAGUUCUACUAACUAAACUAGAGUUAGGAGAUUAUCAUGACCAGUUCUACCAGCUAAACUAACCUGGAGUUAGGGGAGAUAUCCUGAACCAGUUCUACUAACUAACUAGAUUUGGAGAUUCUCCUGAUCAGUUCUACUAAACUAACCUAGAACCAGAGAUUUCUCCUGACCAGUUCUACUAACUAACCUAGAGUUAGGAGAUUCUCCUGAUCAGUUCUACUAAACUAACCUGGAGUAGAGAGAUUCUCCUGACCAGUUCUACUAACAAACCUAGAGUUAGGAGCUUCUCCUGACCAGUUAUCUUAACUAACCUCGAGUUAGGAGAUUCUCUGACCAGUCUACUAAACUAACAUAGAGUUAGGAGAUUCUCCUGCCCAGUUCUUUUCUACUAACUAACCUGGAGUUAGGAGAUUCUCCUGACCAGUUCUACUAACUAACCGAGAGUCAGGCCCAAUAAAUAGCCUAGAAAACUGGUAGUGAUUCCUCUUAUCUUCCCUUUACUUCUGCAGAGACUGGUGUGUCCUCCGAGGAGGAGGAGGGAGAGGUGGACAGUGAGGUGGAGUUACCACGGAGACGGUAAGAAUAUACAUCUUAUACAUGAUACAGUAUAUAGUCAUGAUUCAUUAUACAGUAUAUAGUCAUGAUUAAUUAUACAGUAUAUAGUCAUGAAUCAUUAUACAGUAUAUGGUCAUGAUUCUAUAGUAGUACAGUGAGGGAAAAAAGUAUUUGAUCCCCUGCUGAUUUUCUACGUUUGCCCACUGACAAAGAAAUGAUCUGUCUGUAAUUUUAAUGGUAGGUUUAUUUGACCAGUGAGAGACAGAAUAACAACAAAAAAAUCCAGAAAAACGCAUGUCUUAAAUGUUAUAAAUUGAUUUGCAUUUUAAUGAGGGAAAUAAGUAUUUGACCCCCUCUCAAUCAGAAAGAUUUCUGGCUCCCAGAUGUCUUUUAUACAGGUAACGAGCUGAGUUUAGGAGCACACUCUUAAAUGGAGUGCUCCUAAUCUCAAUUUGUUACCUGUAUAAAAGACACCUGUCCACAGAAGCAAUCAAUCAAUCAGAUUCCAAACUCUCCACCAUGGCCAAGACCAAAGAGCUCUCCAAAGAUGUCAGGGACAAGAUUGUAGACCUACACAAGGCUGGAAUGGGCUACAAGACCAUCGCCAAGCAGCUUGGUGAGAAGGUGACAACAGUUGGUGCGAUUUUUCACAAAUUGAAGAAACACAAAAGAACUGUCAAUCUCCCUCGGCCUGGGGCUCCAUGCAAGAUCUCACCUCGUGGAGUUGCAAUGAUCAUGAGAACGGUGAGGAAUCAGCCCAGAACUACACGGGAGGAUCUUGUCAAUGAUCUCAAGGCAGCUGGGACCAUAGUCACCAAGAAAACAAUUGGUAACACACUAUGCCGUGAAGGACUGAAAUCCUGCAGCGCCCGCAAGGUCCCCCUGCUCAAGAAACCACAUAUACAUGCCCGUCUGAAGUUUGCCAAUGAACAUCUGAAUGAUUCAGAGGAGAACUGGGUGAAAGUGUUGUGGUCAGAUGAGACCAAAAUUGAGCUAUUUGGCAUCAACUCAACUCGCCGUGUUUGGAGGAGGAGGAAUGCUGCCUAUGACCCCAAGAACACCAUCCCCACCGUCAAACAUGGAGGUGGAAACAUUAUGCUUUGGGGGUGUUUUUCUGCUAAGGGGACAGGACAACUUCACCGCAUCAAAGGGACGAUGGACGGGGCCAUGUACCGUCAAAUCUUGGGUGAGAAACCUCCUUCCCUCAGCCAGGGCAUUGAAAAUGGGUUGUGGAUGGGUAUUCCAGCAUGACAAUGACCCAAAACACACAGCCAAGGCAACAAAGGAGUUGGCUCAAGAAGAAGCACAUUAAGGUCCUGGAGUGGCCUAGCCAGUCUCCAGACCUUAAUCCCAUAGAAAAUCUGUGGAGGGAGCUGAAGGUUCGAGUUGCCAAACGUCAGCCUGGAAACCUUAAUGACUUGGAGAAGAUCUGCAAAGAGGAGUGGGACAAAAUCCCUCCUGAGAUGUUUGCAAACCUGGUGGCCAACUACAAGAAACGUCUGACCUCUGUGAUUGCCAACAAGGGUUUUUCCACCAAGUACUAAGUCAUGUUUUGCAGAGGGGUCAAAUACUUAUUUCCCUCAUUAAAAUGCAAAUCAAUUUAUAACAUUUUUGACAUGCGUUUUUCAGGAUUUUUUUGUUGUUAUUCUGUCUCUCACUGUUCAAAUAAACCUACCAUUAAAAUUAUAGACUGAUCAUUUCUUUGUCAGUGGGCAAACGUACAAAAUCAGCAGGGGAUCAAAUACUUUUUUCCCUCACUGUAUAUAGUCAUGAUUCAUUAUACAGUAUAUAGUCAUGAUUCAUUAUACAUUAUAUAGUCAUGAUUGUAUACUAGUACUUGUCCAGCAGAAAGAACGUCUUGGUAUAAUCCAAAUAGCGUUUGUGUCUGUGAGAGCCCAAUGAUUUCAUCUAUGUCCUGUACCUUUUUUCUUCCCCAUGCAGUCGACCGUUGAGCAUCACCAAGUGCCAGUCCCUGUCCACCUUCAGCUCUGAGAACCUGUCUGCCGUGUCCGUGUCGGACGGAGAGGAGGGCAACACCAGCGACCACUCCCACAGCGGCACGCCGGAUGUGGGUCAGUACCAACACGGACGAGCGGCUGGACGACAAGAGCGACGACCUUUCUGUCCCCAGGGGUCGGAGAUCCCCGCCGACCCCGCCCCUCGACCCCGCCGACGGUUUAUCAGAGAAGGAGGCCGCCAUCCGCCAGGUCAAGGACCCAGCUCAACACGGGGCAGAACUGUG